AUGAAAAGUAAAUUUGAAAGAUUGAAAUCAAACAUCCUAAGAAAAUCAGAGAAGAUGUUUAACUUGUACCAGCACAUGAAAUCUAACAGUGAAGGAAAGGAGCAGAAGGAGGCAGAGACUACAGGGCAUGACAGGUUCUAUCAAGAACGCCCAAGAACGAGUUACAGAAAGAAAAAACGCCAUGGUGCUUGUAGAAGGGCUCAAUCUGCUGCUGAACUCAAUCCAGAGUCUAUAGCAGCUGCGAAUAAAAGGAAUGCGUUUCGAAUACGUUCUGUUUCUACGGAUAGAGAGGAAAGCGAAGAAGAGAAUUCGGAGCGCACACCACUGGUGGCGCAGAAGAUCGACUCGUUGGCGAAGCUACUGUUUAACAAGUCGCUGAUGGGUUCCUCAUCUGGCAAGUCUUCGCCUAUGGAGCCACCUGCUUCUCCGAAGUGUGAACAAUCGAUGGAGAGUUCCGCCGCUUUGGCCAUCUGCACAGAGUAUCUGUCACAAUCCAACAGAUAUAAUUUGUUAUCCGCCCUGUCUGCCAUUGGAGCAAGAUCAAGCAAACACUGGUUUGCCAUUCACGACAACUCCAUCAAAACCGACAGGCUCUUGACGUUGAUGCCAUUAACGAGUAAGUGUCCAAUAGAACAGGGCGAACGAUCUAAAACUCUAACCAUGGAACUAUUUCGCGCCCUACAUCAUCCUUACAUAUACCCUGUGUUGGAUCUGGAACUGUGCAACGGUCAUGCACUGACCGUGCUGCCCUUCAACUCUAGAGGAAGCUUGAAGGACCUAAUUUACAAGAGCACAUGGAACGACGAAUACAGCCGCAAGUAUGGGUGUGUGGGUACUGGUCUUCCAGCUUGGCAGGUAGCGAGGUUCGGCCGCCAGAUGCUCGAAGGGUUAUUAUUUCUGAAGGAAAAGGGUUUUCCGCCCUUUAGGCAUUUGCACUCGGGAAAUGUCGUCGUGCAGAAUGGUGUAGCGCGGAUAUGCGGUCUAGAGAAUACUUUGAUCGGUGCCCUACCGCGAUGUCCCAUCGCCCUAGCAGCACAGCUGGAGCACGUGGAAACCUUAUCUCUGGGUAACGUGCUUUUCGAGAUGUGCGCCGGCGCAGAGAUUGAUCUAUCGCUUUUACCUGAUUUGUUACCUAACUAUCCUAACGUGGUAGAGAUAAUAGAACAGAUCUUCGGUCCACGCACGCCGACUCUCCAUGAACUGCUGUUGUGUGAACUAUUCAGGAAGAUUGAUCUGCGUGAGAUGAAGGGCUCGUGUUUACCGAACUUCAACCAACGUCUGUCACGUUCAUGCCUGUCCUUGCUGGGCGAGGUGGCUCGAAGAUCUCCGGGCUCUCCGCGGACGCGCACCCCGCCGCGACGUUCGGGGCCGGCGUCCCCUGUUUCACCAGCCACUCCACCGCUACGAAGGUACGAAGAACACCUCAUUUCAUAG